CUCAAAGCCUUAAAUGUUGCUCAAAAUUAAUAAUAAUUUAUUUUAUCUAUUAUUUUUUGACUUUUGUAGUUGUAUUUGCUAGAAUAAUCUUUGUAGUUACUUUAUUACAAUGUGUACAGUACUCUGUCCCCUGAAACACGAUGAACACUUAAUGCCUGGGUACAAAACGUAGGCGGAAACCGUGAGGAUAGAGAGGUGGCUAGUCCUAUAGCUGCUAAAUAUCCGCCCACUCACCCAAACUCUUCCUGUUCCAGUUCUCAUGCACCUCGAAUGAAGAGAAGCUGGUGUUAUAACUGAAUUAACUAAGAACACACUUCCUUCAGCCUUCUUCAUUUGACUGACGGGUUAAAAAAGAAUGGCUGCCCAGACAGACAGGGUAAUGGCAUUAAGUGAAUGGGAGGAAAAAUGGCAAGAAGGAAGAAUUGCCUUUCAUCAGCAUGAUGUUCACCCGAUGCUAAAGAGCAAUAUAGACAAAUUGCUGUGUGGACGACAGCAGGUUCGGUUCUUCUUUCCCCUCUGUGGUAAAGCUGUAGACAUGAAAUGGCUGGCUGAUAUGGGCCACACAGUUGUUGGGGUUGAGAUUUCUGAGAAAGCGAUAAAGCAGUUCUUUGAAGAGCAUGGCCUAAAGGUCAAAGAGGAGACGGUGCCAUCCAUACCUGGGACGAAAGUGUUCAAGAGUCCUGACGGAAAGAUCUCCAUCUAUCAGUGUGAUUUAUAUAAGUUCUCCAGUGCUAAAGAAGGACAAUUUGGAGGAAUUUGGGAUAGAGGAUCUCUGGUGGCGAUAAACCCCUGUGACAGACAAAAGUAUGCCAAUCUUAUCAUGUCCUUAAUAGACAAGGACUGCAGGUACUUACUGGACACAAUGGAAUACGACCCUGAGCGCCACAAAGGACCACCUUUCUUUGUGCCUGAAGAAGUUGUGAAGAAUUUAUAUGGUGAAGCUUUUGACAUUGAGCUCUUGCAGACUGCGGAUGCUUUUGAGGAAAGACAUAAAGCAUGGGGAAUAGAUUCACUUACUGAGAAGGUGUACCUUCUGACUCCUAAACCAAAGUGAUCUAGGAGAUUUUUACUGAACAAAUCUGUCCUGUUUCUGGGGUCGUUUAAUCCACUCAGUAAUCACUAAAUGUGUGAAAAUGACGUCCUUUAUGUUUUAAAACGAUUCAUUUAAUUAUUUAGGGUUUGAAUGUUAAAUAAUAAAUCAAACAUUUACAAAAAGCACACAUUUAAUUAUGUUAAAAAAGACAAAUAAUAAUUUAUGAAUGAACCCUUAAAAAAUAACAAAAGCCAGCAUUGUAUACCUGAUGUGUAAUUUUAUAUUCUUAUUUUUGUCAUGCCAUAAGAAUAUGUGCCAACUCUUGAUCAAAGGAUUACUUAAUUUUUAAAUGUUUUUUGAACUAUUUAAAUAAAAUGGAACACUAGAUGGCAGCAGAUCCCAACCAUGUUGAAGAGGGAUUUGACGAUACAUUCAUUACUACAGCUGUUUAGUUAAAAGAAAAUUUCAUUGAUUGUGCACUCAUGAUUUUACUUUCAAAGUAAGUAUCCCACCUAUCAAAUCAGGACAGGUGUAAAUAAAAAGCAAAACAUAAAUAGGAA